AAUGGGAUCAAAAUGAGAGAUAUGAAGCAAGAAUGGUAAAGCACUCCCAGUCUUCGCGCCGGAAACCAGCUAUGCGCGAUUCGUCUAUUGUACAGGAAGGGAAGUCACCCGCGCGUCAAGCUAAUCCUAUUUGGAGUGAGCCACAGGAACACCGGCGUAGUUCAGUCGAUCGACCUAUCCCGCCAGCAAGGCCAAGACACAGGAAAUUGAGUUCCACGCCAACCAUCAGAAAUACAGCCAUUUCACAGCUCGAUGAGGAACCGCCUCCCCGACCUCCUCGAAGCAGUACUGCACUGCAUACAGUAAAAGAACACCCGAGCAUGAAGGACUCUGAAAUAGCGGUAACAAAACCUCUGUCUGAGUUGCAGAGUCGCUAUCCAGUGAGCGGACUGGCGAAACGCAUGAGUAUCUCAGCGUCGGAUUUAUUUGGAAAAUCGCGCGAUGAACUGAUACUUUUGCUACUGCAGUUGAACCGCGAGAAAGCAAACCUACAGCGUUGGUUUGACUAUUUCACCAAACAAAUUGAAUUGAUCCAAGCAGACAAAGGUGGGACUUCAGCGGCCGAAGAAGAGUUGUCCGCAAUUCGGGUGGAGCUGGCGGAUGUCACCGGACAAUUACGUCUUUCAGAGCCUAUGGUCAAAUUCUUGGGCAAUAUGCUUCGGAUGGGAGAUUUGUACGCUGGAGAUGACGUGAUGUUUGCUAGUGAAUAUCGCAAACACCUUCUAUCCGAAAAUGAACUAGUACCUCCAAAAGACAGCAUCAACUUUGCUCGCGCUGUCGAGGCCCAAGACGUUGCGCGCAGUCUCGAUGCGAGCAGACGACAGAUAGAAAUCAACUCGGGAUACGCUACUCCAGUUGUGGAUGAUUCAGCUAACCUGGCGAGCUGGAUUGCUGAGAGGGGUGCUGCGGUUGAUACCCCAGCUCGACUAUCUAACUCCGUUUCAUCCUCGAAGACGAACAUUAGGCAGUGGCCCGAGCCUACGAACUUUCGUCAGAAGCGCAUGCAGCUAGAGUCCGAGUUAGCUGAUCUGGAGGCUCUGUGUGAACCGCAUGACAUUAUCCAUCAGGAACUUCGUGCCACUCAAAAAUCUCUGCGGCAAUUCGAGCCCAUACGGCCAAGGGAAAGCAUGAAUCCAACCGGUCCGUCAGCAACUCUUCUGCGAAGAAUGAAAGGUGAGCCACGGGGUCGGCGCUCGUCCAUACCAUCGAUAGGCGGGUCACUGGGGACAGCAAAUCAUUUUCCAUACGAAAAGGAUCAAUUCUGGAUCGCUAACGAUGAUUUGGGGUUCCAGGAUCCCACUGUAGGUGAACAAGAGAAGCGCAGUUCCUGGAGGCCGAGAAGAUACCUCUCUAAUACCUACCAAGCUGGAUGUUUUACUCCCAUCAGCGCAUUUACACGAGACGAUUCAAUUAAACGCUUUCGAAGUAUUCCGGAGCACCUAAACCUCCUAGGGUCCACCAAAUAUCAAUUGGACCUUCGACGUUCGCAGACAUACGACUGGGGAUCGGGCAGACUGCUUUCAACCACAUUUAAUCCUACCGAUGAAAUGCCAACGAAAUUUUCUCCUGUCCGUUCGGUUCAGUAUAGGAGUGGUUACAGGGCGCGUAGCUCCUUAGAAUCGCAUGUUCAACCCAGUGGCGAACUUUACAAUACCCAUCCGGAUGGGAGGACUUCCAAUGCUCCAUCCAGAGGAGAACGCCGUCGUAGUGGACAAAGAACUAGCUAUUCCUCCGAAGCCGUCGAGGAUGACGUAUCUGACCCCAUGAGACGGCAAAUCCGGCGACGCUCCAGUGCACUUACGGACGAUCUCGAUUCGUUCCUCGGUUACGGGAGAAACACUGACGAUCAGCGCCAGACGCCAUCGAAAGUAUCCCUCGUUUCCGGUCAGGUGCGAGAAAAGCCUGUUUCUUUGGGCGACUAUAAAUCGGAUUCAUUUGGAGAUACUGAGAAGAUCUACGGCAAUUCUUUCAUUGCACCUAGACAGAAGGAAAAAGAACGCAGUUCCCAGUUGGACGAGUAUAUUGAGGACAGCUUGAUCAGUUAUGGACCACCAGUGUUCAGAAAACAGUACCAACCAGAGCCACGGACACGAAAACCUGAUGAAAGUUCGAUGAGACAUUAUCGAACUGAAGAUAACUUGGUUGUCCCGAGGCAGGGAUUCGCGGAAGAGAGCGAAUCAAGACCUAAAUCGAAAACGCCUAAUGGAGAACCAUUCCCGAUGACUGACAGUGGUGCAAAAUACGAAGUGGAAAAUGAUGGCGACUCGGCUACGUUGUUCUCGACUGAUUCAGAGAUUCCUAGCAAUUUGUUUCUGCGUGAUUUACCGCUCCAGUCUGGCCGACAGCAGUCCGGUGGAGAUUCACGCUUGAUAGGCCACACGAAACGGAAUGUGAAGAGAUUACUAUCACCGGACGGAGCUGUCGUUCCGAACUCUCCCGAACCAGAAAACGAAGACUACCCUUUCACAACAGAAUCAGUGGAGAGUGUGUUUGCCCCACCAGAACCAAUGGACAUCGGUGCGCGGUACGUUCCGUCUCCACCAACUGGAGAACCAACUGACCCAGAGUAUCGGCAGAAUAAAGAGAAAAGGCUUAGCGCUUUGAGAGAUGUGCUCCUCCGUCAGAGUCUAGCGAGUGACUGUGAUGUGGAUGCCGGAGACCCCGCUACGCAGUUAAGCCCUACCUCUCGAAUCAAGCGACAUUCACAGCUAUUGGAUAUGCAAGAGCAAUUGGCCAAAGAGGCAGCCUCCUCAGUGGUUGCAUUUUCGGGUCGAUCAUUCGCCGGGCCUCCUUUGAACGCAUGACUUCGUUUAACAUUUCCCUGCCCGCAUCCCACCGUGCGUCUUCUGAUGUAUAGUCACAUUUCACCUAUCCUUCUUUCUACUGCACCGCAUAUUUUAUCUAUUGCACACACUUUUUCUACAUGCUAUCCCGCUCUUCUGAUGAGUAUUGUGCGAUCAGAACAUAUCAUUUGUUGUCUGUCAGCUGAUUAUGUUUUUUCAUCGAAAUGUCUUCUAAUUUCUCUUCUCAGUGAGCCUUGCUGAUGUUUUUCGGCUUCCUUAGGGCGUACUUCCCGUUGUAUUCCAAUGGUUUUCGCUCUGCGAUUUGAAGACAAAAAUGCUCUGUUUAAUUUUUCAACAGGAA